CACACGAACACGCACUUUAAGGUGAGAGAGAGCUACUGAGAGAGAAGGUGAAAAAGAGAGAGAGGAGAAAUGUCGUCCAGCGCUGCGCAACCGUUUUGGAGAGCUGCCGGAAUGACCUACGUCACCUACUCCAAUCUCUGCGCCAGUCUCGUCAGGCAGUGUUUGAAGGAGCCUUACAGAUCCGAAGCUCUAGCUCGCGAGAAGGUCCAUUUCAGCGUUUCCAAAUGGGUCGACGGCAAGCCUGAGAAGCCAACCAUCCGCACCGACACUCCUGAAUGAGGCUGGAGACCGGCAUAAGAAGUUCCCUCUUAAUCUUCAACGCCCCUUCAAGCUAAAGAUCCCUUUUCGUAUUCGUUUUGUCUUGAUACACAAACUAUUCUGGCAUUGUAAUUCCCUGACAACUUCACCUGUUCUUGUGAUCUGAGUUUGAUCCAAAUGAACUGAUAAUAAUGUGAAUGUUUUGGCUUAAGAUUUUUGCUAUGCUAUUGCCAAUCAUUUGGUAUUUAUUUGAUGAAAUUCACUAAACAUUGGUGCA